AUGGCUGCAAUUAGGAAGAAGGUUUUAGUUUGAAGGAAUGAAAAAAUUAUUAGGUUGAUUUUUAGCUUGUUAUCGUCGGCGAUGGUGCUUGUGGUAAAACUUGCCUCCUGAUCGUCUUCAGCAAGGAUCAGUUCCCGGACGUCUACGUCCCGACUGUAUUCGAAAACUAUGUCGCCGAUAUUGAAGUCGAUGGAAAGCAGGUUAAUUUUUUUUUUCUCAACUUGAAAAAUCGAAAUUUUUGGUGAGAAACUUGUUCAAUUCGCUGUGUAAACAUUCGUUUUUCCCAUGAGUCAUGAUUGAACUUUUGAAAUUGUUUGUUGAGAAAGUUCAGGAUUAUUGAAUUAUGUUUGGAAACUGCAAUUGAUUUGGAAAAAAAUAUUUACGAAGAAAAAAAUUUUUUUUUCAAAGGAAAGUUUUGAUAAGAAGAAAUCAAGAAGCUUUUUUUGACAAAAAGAAAACUUUGAACUUGUUUUUUUAAAGCGCGAAAUUUCACGAUGAUUUUUUUGUUGAAUCCAAAAAAAUGAAACUAUGCUCAAGAUCGAGAACGUAAUCUUUAUUUUAUUUUGAGCUCAAGAAUAAAGUUUUAAUCGAGCAAAGAUGGAAUUUUUGUUACAACAGAAAAAUGAUCAGUUUUUUUAAGUAUUUUUUUCGAAUUUUAGUUUUUUUCGAAACCAGUUUAAUUAAACGAUGAAAAAAAGUUUCUUUCAUUGUUUUUUUCUGAAUUUCGCAAAAAGCAAUAGCAAAAACGAUGAAAAAUAAAAAAAUUAAUUCGAUCAUGAUUUCAUACUGUUUUUUUAGCUUCUUGUAAAUGCACGAGACUAGUGCGGAAAAACAACAAGAUAAUGAUGAUGACUCGAGUUUUUCAAUUAAAAAAAGUGUAAUUAAAAAAAUAAUUUAUGUGGCGUGUUCAAUAAAAACAUUGUGAAUUUUUGCGAAGAAGUUUUUUGGAACUGAAAAAGAGAAAAAAACUUCAAAUUCAAGGGAAAGUUCUUUUGAUUUUGUGUUUUAGAUAUUUUCCUUUCUUUUGUUAAACCGGUACCCCGAACAUUUUUUUUUCCGUUAAAACAGUGAAAAUGAUAAAAUUACCGUUUUUUAGGGAAAGGAAUUUUUUAAACAAGAUUUGAACCAUAAUCUAAACAUCAUGAUUUAUCUUUUCAAAUGAUUGAUUUUUGCAGGUGGAGCUGGCUCUUUGGGAUACGGCCGGACAAGAAGAUUACGAUCGUCUUCGUCCGCUCUCCUACCCAGACACUGACGUGAUCCUCAUGUGCUUCUCGAUCGAUUCACCGGAUUCGCUUGAAAAUAUACCAGAAAAAUGGACCCCAGAGGUUGGAAAAUCAUUAUUUCCUACUCAUAAAAAAUAAUUUUUCAAACUUUAGGUCAGGCAUUUCUGCCCCAACGUUCCGAUCAUCCUCGUCGGCAACAAGAAGGACCUGCGAAACGACCCCCAGACAGUCAGAGAACUGGCCAAGAUGAAGCAGGUUGGUUCUUGUGACAUUUUUGGACAUUUUGAUGGGAAUUCAUCGGUUUAGGAGCCCGUGAAGCCUGAGCAAGGACGAGCGAUCGCCGAACAAAUUGGCGCUUUCGCCUAUUUGGAGUGCUCAGCAAAGACGAAGGACGGAAUUCGUGAAGUAAAUUGCCAACAAAAAAAGAAACGUUCCAAAUCAAUCCAAUUUUGCAGGUUUUUGAAAAGGCUACCCAAGCUGCUCUGCAACAAAAGAAGAAGAAGAAGAGCAAAUGCAUGAUCCUGUAA